UCGAACACACAGGCUCUGUGCAGUGCAGGGAAACUAAUAGUAUUAAUUAAAGUCAUUGAACAUGCCGUAGCUGGCGAAUAAAUUAUAAUAAUUGACAGUGCGAGCGAUAAAUUAAGCAGCAAAAAAUGCCGAACAUUGUCGCACUAAAGCUGAGCGCCAGCUAUCCGCUGAUGCCGGGCCACAAGGACGAGGGCAAUAUCCUUGCGCUGGACCAAUUGGCGCUGCAGCAGCAAAUCAGUGCGAACUUCAUUUUCCAUGCGAUCUCGAACUACAAGAAAACGCCAUCCGAGCGAAAAACGCUGGUCUUCAUUGCCAAAAAAUGGCUGCACAUCCAGAUGCUGUGGCGCGAGUUCCGGCUGAGGGAUAAGCAAAUACGGCGGCUUGGCCACAAGGAUGCACGCGUUCUGGAGCACGGCUACUUCCAGCAGGAACUCUUCGAGCUGGUCCACGAAAAGUAUAUGGUUGUCCGUGGAUUCCUGAGUCGUGACAAAAGAAAUCUGCUCGCUGGUCAGCCAGCAACACGGCCAUAAUGUUUAUUCAGACGACAGUCGACGGUGACAAGGCGGCGCAAGAACGCUUCACACAAAAGCGAAAAGGAGCCGGCAGGAAAAGGAUGAGCCAAAAAGGAUACGGCGACACGUGAAAACUUAUUCCCCUGAAAAAACACCAUUCGAUUGUGUGUGUGUGUGUGUGUGUGUGUGUGGCCUGCACUGAGUCAACAGUUCGAUUCCGGCUCCGAGAUGAUAUCCGUCAACAGCGAUUCCAUUUCCAUUCCCCAAUGCCAAUUCGAAUCCGAAUCCGAAUCCGAAUCCGUAUCCUUCCAAUAACAAUCCCAAUCCAAUGGGCAAUCAAUCUGACUGGACUCUGGACGCCAUCUAUGCCCAAUCCCAAUGAUUGAUUGCACUCGGCCAUGAUUACCACAAUUAUUAUGAUUUGCCAAAAGGUUAUACAAGUCACGCUGAUGACGGCGAUUGGGGCGACCGCCGAUUUUGGCCAUAGGCACUUU